AUGCUCUCACAGCAAACUAUAGCUGCAGACAAAAUAAAAGAUGGGCACACACAGCCCACUCCUCCGGUCAAGAAAGAGGCCCCGCCCGCACGCUCAUCAAAGAGAUCUGCUGACGAACAGCUGGAGGAUGCUGUGGUGUCGAAGACGCGCAAGACCGAUGCGGACCAGUUGGCCGGGACUUCAUCAAGUGGCCGUGCAAAGGGCGUGCCCAAGGACCGCCGUGCACCUCCCAUCGAUCAUGAGGAGGAGGCCGAGGCUGACGUCGACAGCGACACCGACCCCGAUGAGCAGCCAGAGGAGGACAACGAGUUUGACCCAGCUGCCUUGGCAGCCGCAUGCAAGGCGAAGAAGGAGAACGCUAAGCUGUUGGUCAAGGUGCAGGCUGUGAUGCCCAAGGUGAUCAAGACGGCCGACGUUAUCAGACCCGGCGUCAAGGCCCCAAGCCGCCGCGUCUUGAAAGGUGGAGUUCCCGAGAACUUGGACGCGGAGGUUGUCCCAUCGUCGACGGACGGUGAAUCCAACACCGAAGGCAAUGAUAAGCUGCCGCCGCCCAGGAAGUCUGUGCCGCCGCCUGCCAGGAAGACGGUGUCACAGCUGCCACCGGCUGUGAGGAGGUCCGUUCCACCAGUGAAGCAGGUUGCGACUUCGCGCAAGGGUGUGGCGCCUGUAACGCAGUCGCGCCCUGCCGGUAGGGUGAAGGCCCAGCCUGCACUGAAGAUCAUUGUCAACGACGAGGACGACAACUCGCAAGAGGUGAUCGUCAUCUCAGAUAGCGAUGAUGACCUCAAGCAGGCGUCAGCGACCAAGUCGGCGAAGGCUAAGGGCAAGCAGCAGGAAGUCAUGAAGGUCAAGACCGAGGUCGAGGACAUCGACAUGGGGGACGCCGGAUAG